UGAUGGCUCCUGGAAGCAAGGGGUGGUGAGAGAGCCGCCCGUCGGCCAGAUUCAUGAGUGCGGCUGGAGGAGGAAGGGGGUGUGUACACAGUGCCCUUUGCAGGCUCUGGGUUGAUGGCACUAGAGAACUUAAUCCCCGUCCCUUGUAUUUCUGGCAUGCCCGAGAAAUCCCAGGGACUGGGGUUUGCCUAGGGGCGGGGAGGGGAAGAACCUCGCUGUUUCUUUUUCAUGUGAAGGGGUGAAAUCCAGCCCGUCCCUGGUGCAUCAGCAACUGCAAACUAGCAACAGCCUUCACAGCCCCCCUCCCAAACACUGGCUACACUCUCUCGGUCGCCGUCAGAUCAUGAAUUAUUAGGGAAGAUCCGGACGCCUGGGAGUUCUUGCCUGGACUGGAGCAUUGUGCUUUUGCAGAUGCCCGGGAGACGAACGCACGUAAAGGGAGCAGUGUCAGCUCGGGGAGAAAGUAUUUUAUGAUUUGCUGCGCUUCCUGUUAAGCGCAGCCUCUUGUUUUCAGCAGAGCCAGAUUGCAAAGAGCAUUUGCAACUCCUCCUCCUCAAGGCCGGGUGCUGCCUCCUGGCAGUUCCAGUCCCUGGUUAUCAUCCGUCCUGCCUGGGAUUCCGGCUUGCAGCAGGAAAGGGGAACCACAUUGCAAUGUUUGUUUGCACCACCGCCUUCUCCAGGCCUGCGUGAGUUUCUCGUAGCUCCGGCCCUGCUUCGCUGCACAGAGGAAGGCACAUUUCAGGGAGCGCUUGCACCGCCUCCUGUUUGACAGAGGGGGACGGACCUAGUCGCAGGAUCCGGACUCCAGGGAUUGUAUUUAUUUGCAAACGGUGUCGAGCUCAACUUCUGCACCUUCCUCUUUCUCCCCGGGGCACGUGUAAUGGGGGACAUGUCACUUGGCUGUGCAAAGGGAAGGAAACUUUCUCACCCACCAAGAGUCUCCGGAUAUUUUUGAACGGCGGAAGAGUUAUAAACUGAACCGCAGUUUGAAGGAUGUCUCACGAUCUUGCUCCUGGAGGAGACGGGGGCCCCUAGCAACUCUCCCAGCCCCCAUUUAAAAAACCGCAGCUGGAGAAACUCCUCCCUUCCCCUUUGGUUCCCCCACCCCCUUUUUCCCCAGUUCCCGAGGGUUUGAAAACAAGCCCAGAUUGGCUGCUGGUGGUGGACAGUGGUGGGAGGUGGAAGAGGAGCCUUGCUUGGGAGCCAUCCUCUGGAGUCAAGCCUCGUUGAGCGGGAUGGGAAGCACUGCCAUGGACACCAAGAAGAAAGAUGCUUCCAGCAGCGGCAGCAGGAAAGGCUCCAGCCAGAGGAGACGCAUGUUGCGAGUGCACAUCCCGGAUCUUAGCUCAUUUGCCAUGCCAUUCCUGGAUGGAGAUGUGGAGAGCUCAGACAAAAGUGCUUCUCGAAAGGUGGAAGAGAGCUACCAUACGGGCAGCCCUUCGAAAGGCCUUUUCUCAAAAGGGCUCCAAAAUCGACCUUCCAGCCCCGUUUCUGCUCCUGUGAGAUCUAAACAUAGCCCAGGUUCACCAAAAACAGUGUUCCCCUUCCCAUAUCAGGAGUCUCCCCCACGCUCCCCACGCCGAAUGAGCUUCAGUGGGAUCUUCAGGUCCUCUUCCAAAGAAUCCUCUCCCAGUUCUAACCCGUCUACCUCGCCCGGUGGCAUCAAGUUUUUCUCCAGAUCAAGAAAAACCUCCGGCCUCUCCUCUUCUCCAUCUACCCCAACACAAGUGACCAAGCAGCCUCCAUUUCCUCUUGAAUCCUAUAAACAUGAACCUGAGAGACUAGAAACCCGGAUUCACUCUUCUCCUCCGGACACAGGGCAGAGAUUUACUCUGCCUCCACCCCAAAAUGCAGCCAAGCCUCCCACGGUGAUGCCAACUCCCUGUGCUACCUCAAAAACAGCGGCGGCAGCGGCAGCAGCUGCGGCGGCUCCGGCUUCUCCUCAGCCCCCGGCCGCCUCCGAAGGGAUGCUGGAGAAACUAGAGCUCGACGAUGAAGCAUCUGAAGAAUCGGAAAGUGACAUCUACAUGCGAUUCAUGAAGUCUAACAAGUGUUAUGACAUAGUUCCAACAAGUUCUAAGCUUGUUGUUUUUGACACUACGUUACAAGUAAAGAAGGCUUUCUUUGCCUUGGUGGCAAAUGGUGUUCGAGCAGCUCCACUGUGGGAGAGUAAAAAACAGAGUUUUGUAGGAAUGUUAACAAUUACAGAUUUCAUUAAUAUACUGCAUAGAUACUAUAAGUCUCCAAUGUUAUACUCUUCGAGGCCUGGACUAUCUUGUGUUAUGUGUGUAUGGUGCCUGCCACAGGGGGGCCAUCAUCUUGGCUGGAUCUAGAUACAGAAUCUUGGUUGGUUUUGAACUUUAGGCACUAUUAUAAUCCUACUACUACUAAGACAUCUUUUUUUUUUCUUUUCUUUUGGCGUAAAAGGUCUAAUUAAACCUCAGUGUAAAAUAGUGAUUCUACGUAAAAGUGAUUUAGUGUGAAAAGUACUUAAAAAAAUAUUUGACCAUAGUUGUUUAGAGUUUUAUUGUACAUUUGAUUCAAAAUAAGAGCUUUGCACAUGUUGAAUCACAUACAACAUUAUUCAGGUGGACAAAAAAAAGGGAGAUUGGUGGGAGUGAUGAGUUCUAUAGAUCGCACACUGAUGAGGAAGGUGCUUGAGAGGCUCUGUGUUCAGGGCUAGCCCUGCCUCUCCAGCUCUGACAGUCAUGUCAUGUAGGAGGAGGGCUUUAAAGAGGAGGAAACUGCAGUUAGCUAGGGGGAGAGGUCACCCUGAGCAGGAAACAGCUGUAGCAACUCCUGAAGCCAUGGGUGGAAUUCCCAUCUAGGAGAUCUCCUCCCCCAACCCUAUGGGGAGUGCAGUGAACUGCCUGGGUAAGCCUGACAGAGUGAGCCCAAUUCAGCUACCCAGCCAGAAGAACUCCUAGAAAACUGCUACUCAAAUAGCCCUGAAGUAAAUAAGUAUUGCUGGCCUUUUCCUCCGUGAGUUGGCUCUGGGAAGAAGUUAAUCUUGGGUGCAUUGAAACAUUUAUUUUCCUUUUGAUCCCCCAUCAGCAGAGACAUAAGAAGCCCUGCAAAAGUGGGAUCCCCUCGUGCAAGGAUUAAAAACUGAGACCUAUACAUAAGCCACCCACUAUAGAUAACUGGGCAUGGCCAGCGUCUCCCACCAUCUGGAAGGAAAACCUAAGGGGACUUUUUUUACAGGGGGAAUCAACUAAAAUGGAGCAAGUAAUUAAGGAAAUCAUCUGCAAACACUUGGAAGGUGGUAAGAUGAUAGGGAACAGCCAGCAUGGAUUUGUGAAGAACAAAUCAUGUCAAACCAAUCUGAU